ACAACAAUUUUCCCCCUUCCCUCACAACACCACAAAUACGACAUAACCCACGAUGUCCACCACAUUCCGCCUCACCUUCCUCUACCCACCAUCGCUCUUCCGCCCUUGUUCCACACGCACAUUCGCUUCUUCAACACGGAAAAUACAUUCUCGAGCGAGACCGCGAGCGCGAGUACGAAUACCCCAGUUAAGAUGUCUGUUUAGUGAGCGCUGUUUCAGUUUGGGUUCGAGUUUUGGGGGUAGGACAAGAGCUGGGGCUAGGGUUGGGACUGGAAUUGCGAAUACAAAUGGAAAUGGAAAUGGAAGUGGAUCAGUCUUGGGACUAAGGCGGAAUUUCUCCACGACACAGAGGAGGGGCGAGAGGGUCUUGAAAAGGCAUGGGAAAGCGGUUGAGCCAUUAGUGGCGGAAGAGCAGAGAGAGAAGGAGAUUUUGGAUGGGGCGAAAACUCCAAAGCCAGAGGAGAGGACAAGUACGGAUGGCAAGGGGAUGGGGGGCGUGACAGAAGGAAGUGCGAAGGAAGUGGAGGAAGAAAAUCCGAAAGAGAAGGACGUUGCGAAAGAACCUUCUUCUGCAGCGCCAUUAUCAGAGGAGACACAAGCUGCUGCGAAAAUACCUGGUGAUGAGGGAGCUAGGAUCGUGGUUGCAACUGCAACUGGAACGAAUACUGGGAAUGAACAAUCUGGAAAUGGGAAACAAGAAACAGCCACACCUACAAACCCCUCCACUUCCUCUACCGCCACUACUGCCUCAACAACGGCUACCCCUGCCAAUCCUCUCGAAACUGUCCUCCAUAUGCCACCGCCAGAAACAGCAGAGGAGGAAAAUGCCUCGAAACCACCGCACUUGCAAACACCGCCUUAUGUCCAUCAUUUUGAUACUUAUACCCUGGUGCAGCAAGUUGAGGCGGGUGGUUUCACGAAUGAUCAGGCGAUUACUAGUAUGAAGGCUGUGAGGGGGUUGCUUGCGCUGAAUUUGGAUGUUGCGAAGAAGGGGUUGGUUAGUAAGAGUGAUGUUGAGAACGAAACAUACCUCUUCCGCGCCGCAUGCUCAGAACUCAAAACCGAGAUCCAAAAUACACGCAAGAAGAACGAGGAAACCAUGCGUAGGGAACGGACAUUGUUACAACAUGAAGUGGAUAUCUUGAAUCAGAAACUCAGCCAGGAGUUAUUGACCCUGAAGGAUGAUCUAAAGGGCAUGUUUGAUGAUAGGAAAAUGAGCGUUAGGAUGGAACAGAGAACUAUGGAGAGUAAAAUCCAAGAACUCAACUACAAAAUCACCGUCCUGCUCAACAGCGACAGCAAAUCGGAAAUCGAAGGCCUCCGCUGGGUCUUAACCCGUCGCUCCGUUAUGGGCAUCCUCUUCAUGGCGUUUAUGGUUCUUACGUCGUUGAGAUAUGCGAGUUAUAAGAGUCAUGAAGAUGAGAUUCGUGCGAAGAAGAAGGAGGAAGUCAUUAAGGUGGAAGCGGCUAUGGGGGGUGACAUGGAUGCUAAGAGCGCGGCAGAGAUUUUGGCUGCUAAUUGAUGAUGAGGAUGGGGUUGAGGGUAGGAGGUGUUUGACAGUUGUCAGUUGGAGCUUGAGAGACGGAUGGUUGAUUGAGAGAAAAUUGUCCCCGGGCAAAACAAACUUCUCGAGAAGGCAAGCGAUUGCCCCUCUAGCGCUUCGGAGCCAAGGCAGUAGCCGAGGACAGAUCUACCUUGAAAGUAAAUAGAACUAGAGAUACCCCUACAGUUUGUACUCCUGAACAUAUAAAAGUCCCACAUG